GGCGGCAUUAGACACGCGCGUCCUCACGCACAUGCUCUUAAUUCGCUGUCCUAAUUCAUGUCAGCAGGCUUCCUGCGCCGUUUGACAGCAGCCGCAUGUUUGCAGGUCUUUGCUGCGACAACAGCCAUCUGUCCCGCCGCGGAAAGAGCAGAAGAGAGGGAGAGGGAGAGGGGGGCGGGGGAUUUACGCACGCCCUGAUCCUCUCCACGCAGGACCAGUGGAGCGCACAGACGGGCGGCAGCACUCGGAAAGUCGGAACUUUUCGCCAAAGGAUUCCACGUCAAAAUUAAUCACCUUCAUGUCGACUGUGUUGGAUACUAACCCGCCGAUGCUAUGGUUACCUUUAUUACGAUCCUACAGGUGAAUCUAGUGAUGUCCAUCCUGCUCUAUGUGAUGGUCCUAGUAUACCUAUAUGGUAUCCAGGCAACCAACAUGGACAGCAGUCGGCAGGAGCAGCAGCAGUCGAGUCCCGACCCUGUAAACUCUCUCAUCACCCAGCUGCUGCAGGCAGAUCUGACCCGAGGGAAGACCAGGGUCAACCAGAGCCAGCAGGAGAGAAGCAGAGAAAUGGGUUUGAGAGAUACUCUACCUCACCUGCAGGACGAAAACUUCCCCUCAGAGGAGCGCGUCGAUGUGGAGACGUUGGAGAACGAUGACCAGCUGGUGAUGCUGUUGAACUCAGAACUCUUCAGGAAGCAGAGGCGGUACAGUUCAUCUCGGGUUCUGCUGAGCGAACACCCACCACUGCACCCGCCGCCUCUGUACCCCUCGGAUGACUUUGUGAGUGGGGUUAUGGACAGGAGUCCGUCAUCUAACAAGGCGCGAAAGAAACGUGACAUCAAACAUAGGAGCUACAGUGCCGAGUUUUCUGUUUGUGACAGCAAAAGCGAGUGGGUGAAAAAUAAAACUGACGCCGUGGACGAUAAAGGAAACCGUGUAACUGUUCUACGCACUUUUACAGGCCCUAAAGGAAAGGUUUUCAGUCAGUAUUUUUAUGAGACGUACUGUAACCCUUCCAAGCACAAUGUGUGCAGAGGCAUUGAUAACAAGAACUGGAACUCAAAGUGCAAGACCACACAGACAUAUGUCCGAGCAUUCACACAGACUAAUAACAGACCAAGCUGGACUUGGAUACGCAUCAAUACUUCUUGUGUCUGUGCAUUGUCAAAGAAACGUCGCAAGACAUAAAGGACCGGUACAGACUGUGACACGGACUACCAGUUUGUGGUUGGACUUCCUGUUAGGAAUUCCAUUUCCUGUUCAAUGUACAGGACAGUGUGGUUAACGGCGACACUCUGCUACAACAGUGCUGCUAAAAUAACCUUGGGUCCAUUUCAAUUUUCUGUUAAAAGGCUGUUGAGGAAGAACUGACCUGCGAGGGGCUGAGCAUGUGAGGGAGAAGUGUACAUAUAAAUUAUUUAAAUUAUAUGAAAUGCAUGUAGUUUAUACAUGUUUAUCAAUCUAUAUAGGAUGUAUAUUUGUGUUAUUUAUUGAAAUAACAUGUCUUCCAAAGGACAGAUGUUUAGAAAAAGGAAUGAGACAAACUUAAUGAAACAGACCGCAACGCAAAGGUGCUUCACAGUUCAACUUUACAUGUGCCUUAAGUGGUAAGGUUGCAGAGCAAGAGUAUGGUAAGAAAAACUGUUGCCAUAAAUGUUGUGGUAGUGAACCUAAAAAGUGUUCCUUUGUCAAAUAUCAAGCCCAAAUCCCAAGCAUUAAAAAGACGUGGGACUGGAUAGAAUGUUGCCAGACUUGUACCACCAAAUGCAAAAACUGUCUUGCUAUGCAAUUUCACCGUUUUCACAGCUGACGACAGCUUUAUUGUGUUACGCAGAGUCGCUUUCCUUCCAUUGGGAGGCAGGGCUGACCAAACCAAUCCAAAUAAAAUUCCUCUUGUGGAGUUAUUUGCUGGUGACCGGUGGAUUUCAGGAAAACGCCAUUCUUUGAUUAUUCCAUUCACCGCCUGGAUUUGUCCUAUUACUUUCACCUAUUGUCAUGAGCUAUUUUUGUUUCUUCCUUCUAAUAAAAAUCUCUAUUUCAUAAA